AUGAUGAAGAUGGAACUUGGCCACAGCCUGUUUGUCAUUGUUCUGCUGGCUGCGCUCCAGCCGUCCAUCCUGGCACAGUUUGUUGACAGCCGAAGGCGAUCUUCUGUCUACCCACCUUUUUCUCAAAAUCGUGCCCCGAGACGGCAGUCAGACAACUUAGCAGGAGCGGACAGCCCACCCACAAGACAAGUGUCACGGUUUUCCCAGAGAAAUGCUGGAAUAGAUCAAACCGAGUUUGACAGACUCAAUCCAAGGACAAGACCUCGUUCUCGGUUUUCUCAACUUGGAAACACUGCUCCAGAAUCUAUACGCAUAAGCGAUUUCAGAUCUCAACAAAUCGAGCAACAAGAUCUCAUCAGACAAAGACGUUUGAGACAGGAACUAUUGGAAGAACGUGAAAGGAAUCAAAGAAUGCAGAACCAGCUUAAGAGGCAACAAGAACAAAUUAAUCAGCAACAGCAACUACAACAGCAACCGCAACUGAAACCUCAAGAACCGCAAUUUCUCCAGGGCGAUUUGGCUCCAGAAUAUAGGCAGAGAGAUUCACAACAGCGUCGUCCGCAAAAUUAUAGGCAACAGGUAUUUGAGGAACCUCGACAGUUACCCCCAAACCAGGUGAUUACAGGAACCAACGAACAAUUCCUAAAUCCUUCUGAUGUUAAUAAUGCUGCAUUGCAAGAUUCUCUAUCACAAAGUCAACUUAUCAGUCAGAUUAAUUCCCAAGGGCAACUUUUCUCAGACCAGCCUUCUAUUGUUGCCAAUGAUAUUCUUAGUCAACUUACAGGGAUAGAUACAACACAGACUAGACUAACUUUGUCAAACGCAAGUUCCGUGAACCAGGCUGCGGCAGUAGCAGCUGCAGCGUCAGCAGUUUCUGCGCCACUAGCUUCAACUUCAGUUCUGCAGGUGUCUCCAGCUAACGUUGUAUUUGUCGACCCUGGUCUAGUUCCAGGGGUCCCAGUUGUACCUCCAACACCUGUCGUUGAGUCUCCUGCAACUGUGGCUGUCCAGCCUUCAGCAAACCAGUUGAUUCAUCCUGCGCCUCAAUCGACGGGCACGUUGGAUCCACACAUGAAUCAGUAUAACGCUGUUGGUAAUGACAUGAUGGGGAUGGCAUCAAUGGGAGGGAUGUCGGCUUUAGGAGGAAUGGCAAAUAUGGCAGGAAUGCCACAAAUAGGAGGAAUGACAGGAAUGGGAGGUAUAUCACCUAUGGGAGGAAUGCCAUCUAUGGGAGGAAUGCCAGGAAUGGGAGGGAUGUCGCCUAUGGGAGGAAUGACGCCAAUGGGAGGGAUGUCGCCUAUGGGAGGUAUGUCGCCAAUGGGAGGUAUGUCGCCAAUGGGAGGUAUGUCGCCUAUGGGAGGAAUGCCAGGAAUGGGAGGGAUGCCAGGAAUGAACCCAAUGUUUGGUGGAAUGGGCGGAAUGGGUGGAAUGGGCGGAAUGGGUAUGUUUGGAAUGCCAAUGAUGUGGGACAUGGAAAGCCCUGACACACCAGACACGCCGAAAGCACCUCCUCCAUCAAGUGCACCGGCAACUAGCCCAGUAGUAGAUGUCCCAGCUGGAGCACAUGGUGUAGCACAACCACCAAUGAAUGUACCAGCCCCACCAUCAACAUCUGUUGUUUCCAACGGAACAAAUUCGACGAUGGUCUUACUUUCUCCAUUAUCAAACAUGACGAACACAUCAACGGUCCACAACGCUAGCGUAGCUUCUUCUGCGGCUUCCGCAGGUGGCGCAGCUGCUACACCUGCAGCUGUGGAUGGUGGAUCCGUUGGAGCUAUGUCGGUCGCCCAGUUCAACGCUGCCGUGGCUGCCAUUACUGAACAGGCUAUGAACGCUAUCAAGUUGGCUUAUGGAGGAGGAGCACCUUCUAGUGGAGGAACGCCUCCCUUGGCACAGUCGACCAACUCCAGUAGCUCAACCUCUCUGAUAGGAACCGUUCUGGUCGAUUCCCCUGUCCAGCCAAUUCUGCCACCAGUAGCAAAAAUAUAA